UUCAUCAGUCUGUUCGUCAAGCAGACCGCUCGGAAGGCGCCCGAGAUCAAUCGUGGCUACUACGCCAGAGUCAAGGGCAUCGAGCUCUUCGUCGACAAGUUUCUCAAGUUGUCUGGCGGUAAAGGGCAAAUUAUAAACCUGGGUGCUGGUUUUGAUACACUCUAUUGGAGGCUGAGAGAAGCUGGAAAUACCCCCGCGAACUUCGUAGAGCUCGAUUUUCCCAGCAUUACCGCGAGGAAAUGUUAUCACAUCAAGAAGCACAAGCAUCUAAUCGAUAUGCUAAACACCGAAGACGGAGAAAUCCGAUUUUCCACCACAGACCUGCACGCCGCGAAUUAUCACCUGGUUGGUACAGAUCUGCGGCACAUAGCGGAGCUAAAUAACAAAUUGACCCAAGCCGAAGUCAAUUUCAAUUUACCCACCAUGUUCCUCGCAGAAUGUGUUCUAGUUUACGUAGACGCUAGCGCGACCUCGUCACUGUUGAAAUGGCUGGCGGGCAAGUUUCAGAACAGCCUUUUCGUCAGCUACGAGCAAGUGAAUAUGAAGGACAAAUUCGGCCAGGUGAUGUUGUCAAAUCUACGCAGCCGUGGGUGCUUACUGGCGGGCGUGGAGGACUGCGAGACGUUAGAGACCCAACAGAGACGAUUUACGAUAAACAAUUGGGAGGGUGCGAGUGCGUGGACGAUGGUGGAGGUUUAUGAUUCACUGCCUGUAAUGGAUCGUGGUCGAAUCGAGCACAUAGAGAUGCUGGAUGAACGAGAGCUCCUCACCCAGUUGCUCCAGCACUACUGCAUCGCGAUCGCUUGGAACGGACAAACAUUCAAAAAUCUGUCUAUAGCACAGGGUUAGGUCAUUAACCUAACUCUUUUUCUCUGUGUCUCUCUCGCGAGUUACUCCAGGUAAUGGUAUUGCGUUAUUCACGAUUCGACAAGCUCUCGCAAAUUUUCGCAAUAUUCUCGUUUCGCAUGAGAUUAACGUUUUUGUUUUUUUUUUUUAAAUCGCUCUUUAGGCACGCUCCCGGCUAAGUUGAAAUGUCCGUCAGACAAUUCGUGUUGUUAAAGUACCUUCUAAUUUUUCCACCUAAAAGAAGAUUGCCAUAAUUAGUUUUGUAUAUGCUUCGAGUAUAUAUAUAUAUACAUAUAUACGUCCUCCACUAAGCACGUACCGUACACGUCACGGAUACGCUACUUUGUAAAGCGAGUUGCUGCAGCGAGCGAGAGAAGUCGCGAUUUCGAUGUCGCGCGAGACAUGUAUAUGGCUAGCUAGGUAGUACGAUAAAUAGUAGCCGGAUGAGGUCUGAUAUCCUUUUCGCGAAUGAGAUUUCCAGUCAUCCUAAUUUAUAUUCGACAUAUAUGAAUUGUGUAUAAUAUAUUACUAUUCUAUAUCAAGAGAUCGUUGAAUCGUAUCGUCACGUACUUUUAUUGUAGAUUUUCAUGUAUAAAGUUAUGGUCGUUAUUAUUAUUAUUACGCUAUUGUUACAUAUACUUGCGGCCAAACGGCGCGAUAACGCGCAACUGUAAUUUAUUGUAUCGCGAGAUCGUCGAAGAUUAACACGACACAUCCACGCUUAUUACAUUUUUACCACUCCGCUUAUUCGAGUAUUAUAAUUUCCUCGAGUGAAGAAAGCCGUAGACUCCGUACUGCUGGUAGUUAUGAAGAAUAAUUUCCUACGUGUAAGACAACGCAGAAUCCGUUUUCCUUUUAUCUGCGCGUUCCUGCACAUUUCAGCGUGUAAGAUGAAACGGGCAGAUGUACGCUCUCGCUCUGCAAGUCGGAGAGGAAGCUAAAAGAUGUGUAGAAGGCACAGUUCAAAGGGCGGAUCUCUAUAUUUUUGAUCUUUCAUUGCGAACAUAAAGGUAUUUUUCUGAAAAUUAUUACAUUCGUAUAAUAGAAUUCCGAUUCUUCGAAAGUCUUAGUAUAUGAUACUUGAGAUAUGGUGUAAAAUUAUUCCGUACACGCGACCCGAACUUUGAGUGUACAUUAAGUAUUAGAGAUUAUGAAUUCUUGAGUCGCGAUAAGGCGAUUAGUAUUACGAUAUGUACGCUACAAGCGACCAGUUUCGUACAGGCGCGUGGGCCUGCGAGCGAUGAGUGAUCACUUAAGAUAAUAAAAGCAAAAAGUGUGCAACGAAAGUAAGACUAAGUAUACAGCGAGGUAGAAUUCUCUUGCGGGAGAAUCGACGCGCAGUCAAAUACGCGCGACAAUCGCGCGUGUUGCGAACAUCAGCAUAGAAAAAAAAAAAAACAACAAUCGGCGGUGUAUUGUCUCAAUUAAUUUCGUUUAUUCGCUCGUAAAAUAUCGAACUCCAUUGUCUUCGCCUGCGCUAGCGAAGUAAAAAGAUCGCGUGCCGAUGUUCUUCGACAUACAAAAAGUCCGAUUCGUUUUAUUUUACAUAAACGCCGAAAAAAAACGCGUAUGCUAAACACAGUGUUCCGCUUUUUUUCCAACACCAAUGUAAAGAGUACGUUUAUACUUAAGCAAGUCAUAGAACGAUAGUGAUGGAUCGACAAAGAUUUAUUUUUUCAUAUUGAGGAAUAUCAGGGUUACGCAUGUAUAUUUUCGAUCUAAGGAUAAUAACGAGGAGAUAUUAUAGAUUUCUACAGGACGUUCAAAUCGCCUUCUUGUAGAUAGGAAAUGCGUGUGACGCUUUGUGACGAGCGAGUAACGCGGAGUUCGCCGUCGUUUAGACGUGAAACACAAUCGCCGGGAUCGUCUAUUAAAGCGUCCAUAAAUAGGUAUCGAUUGCUUCCUUGGAGUCUGACGGCCUACCGGGUUGGAGCAGGUAAUGGUGUCGCGUGGUAGCGUGUUGCAGUAGCGCACGUGAUCGUGCCGGCGAUCGUGUCCUCAGACGUAAGCGACGGUGAUCUCUCCGGUCCUGUAAACGAGCGAAUUCUCACAAUCAUCCUCUUCUAUCUUAUUUCGACCGUUUCUUUCCAAUAUACUUCUUAGCAUUGCGCGAGAACAGUGGUAAUUUUAUUAGAUCUUAAGAAGAUGGUAAGAGCGCGAAACCGGUGUAACCGCAUAGAUUCACAAAGGAUGAACAACUGUGCGGUGUGUCCCGGUUCUUUACCCCCCCCCCCCGGCCAAGUAUAAAAUUACAUACCUGGAGUAACGUAUAAAGAGAAUAGUCAGAUGUUCUAUUUUUCUCAGAAGUUACGAAAAUUGCAACCAUUGUUACAAUGUC